AUGUUAACAUUACCUAUUUCAUUAUCAUCACCAGUUGUAAUUAGUGUUAGUAUAUUAACAGCAAUUGGUGCUUAUGUUCUAUUUGGACCUGAACCACAAGAUAGACGAAAACGUGGUUAUCCCGGUGGAUUAAUUAAUUAUGGAAAUAAUUGUUUUGCUAAUGCUAUUGUUCAAUGUUUAGCAUCAUCAUCGAUAUUUAUUCGAUGGCUUGAAGAACAUCUUAAAAAUAAAACAGUUGCAAAAAUUCUUCUUGAUCUUAUUAAAUCUAUUAAUGAUCAAUCAUUAUCAUGUUCACAAGAAUCAACUGUUGCAACAUUAAUUGAUCAUAUGCGACAACCAAAAUGGUUAAGUCCAUUUGAACAACAAGAUAGUCAUGAAUUUCUUUUAUCACUUAUUAAUUCAUUAACAAGUACACAAAUAAUUCAAACAAAACAAUUUGGUUUUGCUUCAUGUCUUGAUACAGAUGAACAAGAUAUAUCAAAAACUAUAAUGAUAAAUGAAAGUCCAUUAAUAAAUCCACAUCCAUUUCAAGGUUUACAAGCAACACAAUUACAAUGUACAGAAUGUAAACAUAAAAAUCCAGUAAGUGUUUCACUUUUUGAAACAUUAUCAUUAACGAUUCCUGAACGUCAAGUAUCAAAUGCCGGAUUAUUCUCUGUUCGACAACAACGAAAUUUUACAUUACAAGAAUUAAUUGGUAAUUAUCUUAAAUCAGAAAUGAUUAGUAAUUUAACAUGUAAUAAAUGUAAAUCAAAAGAAAAUUUACCACAUAGAAAAAUAACAACUUUUUCAAGAUUACCAGAAAUUCUUUGUUUACAUAUUAUUCGAACAACAUGGACAAAUGAAGGUUGGCCAAUAAAAAAUACUUGUCAUAUAUCAUUUCCUGAUCUACUUGAUAUGAAUUCAUUUAUAUCAUUAUCACGUCUUUUACCUGCUAAUAUACAUCCAACUCAAAUAAUUAAAAAACCAUCAACAGCUAUUUAUAGACUUAAUUCUGUACUUGUACAUUUAGGUGGUAUUACUGAAGCUGGACAUUUUAUUGUUCAUCGACGACGAAUAAAUAGUAAUGAAUGGCUUUCAAUAUCAGACGAUCAUAUUCGAGAAUGUAGUGAACUUGAAAUAUUCACUUCCAUGGCAUAUAUUUUGUUUUAUGAAAGAAUAAAAAAAUAA